GUCAGGUAGCAGUAGAGGACGCGAACCUCUCUUCACUUUACUCCACGCAAACACAAUCCACCCAACUCCCUUCGCAACCUCAUACAAAGUCCAUUGGACCCCUGAAACAUCCACAUCACCACUGCUGUCGAGUCACCGCGCCCCCCUUCCCAACAACAAAGACGACAAUAAGCGGAUCGACUUCAGAGCACAUUCAGCCAGAUCAACAACCGCAUCGCCAGCAAAGCAUUGUACGAGUACCGAGGAAGCAGGCGUAGAAGCAGGCGUAGAGUGGAGAGAAGAACAGAGAAGAGUGAAGAAGAGCAGAGCAUAGCAGAACAGGGUCGAGCAGAGCAGCGCAAAGCAGAGCAGCGCAGAGCAGAACUGCGCAGAAAAGAGUAAAGUAGAGCAGAAAGACAAGAUGACGCUCGCGGAGGAGCUGAGAUCGCGCAACUUCAGCAUCUAUGGCCAAUGGACGGGCAUCAUCGCCAUGAUUCUAUGUUUUGCCCUGGGAAUCGCCAACAUCUUCCACCUCCACUGGGUCAUUCUGUUCAGUGUGCUAUGCCUCAUAUCCACCUUCAUCAUCCUCUUUAUUGAAGUGCCGCUUCUCCUCCGAAUCUGCCCGACCUCUCCCAAAUUCGAUACCUUCAUUCGACGAUUCGCGACCAACUACAUGCGCGCCGCCAUCUACGCCGUCAUGUCACUCAUUCAGUGGCUGAGUAUCAUUGCAAAAGCGACGAGUCUCAUCGCAGCUGCGAUUGUCUUGUUGCUCGCUGCCAUCUUCUACGCUCUCGCAGGCUUCAGGGGGCAGGAGUUCCAGAGCAGUAAGACAUUGGGAGGCCAAGGCGUAGCGCAGAUGAUUGUGUAGGACGGCGCGAAAAGACAAAAUGGCGGAUAAGGAGCUAAGGAUGUGAGGAUGUGAUAGCAUGGCGAAGACGGACGCGCGCGGAGGACGUGGUCAGAAGAGACCAUGCCGCCGCUGCAUUGCGCAUUGUGACGGCCUUUCUGGUGCGGAGUGGCUAUGCUGAAUGCAGGCAAUAUGAUACACGUGUACUUCUACUACGAACUCACGGAUUUGAGCAUGAGAUGAUGAUCUACCAUCAGCCAUUGUGCCGCUCCCGCGAACGUACCAGGCUGUAGCAGACACUGGAAACUGCC